UUUUUGAUUUUUUCAUACGAGAAAAGAGAAACAAUAUGAUGUGCAAACUAUUUUCUAAAAAAUGUGAGAGAGAAGUUUUUUAGAUGGAGAAAAAGGAAUUUUGAAAGAACUAAGGUAUUCAAAGUACACUGCACAACUCCACAAACAAACGUGGGGGAGAAAUCAUACCACUAAACCUUUCCCCACUUUGCAAACAUAAAAAGUAAAAAAAUGAAUGCAAAUUAUUUCUCAGUCCUCACUUAAAUCUUCGCUUGCUUCGUUCUCAAUUCAGGUUGUUCAUUUUGAGCUUCACUCCACUAUUAUUUUUCUCCCCUCCCCUGUAAGCUUUUAGAGAAAGUUCCCCUAGUUUUGCUUUGAGAUUUCUUUUGGUGGCAGAGAAGAAGUAUGAAGAAAUGUGACCAUGAAGACUACUCUAUAUCUGAGUUUGAUCCUUGCACAGAUUUUGAAGAGUUUUUGUCAGAAGCAAGAAAGAAUGUAACAAGCGAAGGUAUUCUUGGAGUUACAAUUACACCACCACAUCUUGAAGUAUCAAAUAAGAAAAAAACGAGAAACACAUCAUGGAAAAGAACACUGUUUUCAUGGUUAAAGAGAGAAAAGAAGAACAGUGAUAAAGGAUCACCAAAGAUGAACAUGUCCAAGCAAAGCAGUGGUUGUGUUUCUGGACCGGUACAUUGCCAUCGGAGUGCAACAUCAACUCCAAGGCCUCGGAAGACUCAAUCGGGACCCAUCAUGAGUCUCUUCUUCAAUGACGGCGGGGAGGAAGAUGGUAGGGUGCCAUAUAUGUCUCUUGAAAAGAUGAAGACUCCUAAGGUAGUUCAAUCCUAUGGACCUGUUUACUUGGUUACAUAGGAAAACCGCUGAUUGAAAAUGUGAUUUUGCUACAUUAAAAGAACAAAAGAUUGAUUCUUUAUUUUUUUUGUCUUCAAUCUCCAAUAUCUAUUUGUUUCCGAGCACACACACUUGAAAUGUAACUGGAAGCUUAAUCAGAACCAUCAAAUCUGCAACUUACCUAGCAAGGGUGCAAGAUUGAUUUAGUAAGUGUAAAAUUGCAAAGUAAAAGAGUUUGCAGUAGCAUUGAAAGCCG